AUGGCAUCGACGUCGGCGCCACAGCGGUCUGCCGGAGGGCCGGCGGCGCAGACCGUCCUCCCUGACGAGAUCUGGGAGGAGAUCCUCCUGCGCCUCGACGCCGCGGCCGACCUGGCCCGCGCCUCCGCCGCCUGCUCCUCCUUCCGCCGCAUCGUCUCCGAGCCCCGGUUCCUCCGCCGCUUCCGGCCCCUCCGCUCCCCUGCAGUCCUGGGGUUCAUCACCGGCGAGAAUGACGAGAAGGAAUCGUUCAGAGUUAUCUGCACUGUGCAGCACAAAGGCAAAGGCAAGGUCAUGGUUUUCGUCUUCUCUUCCUGCAACCAGACGUGGCGAGGUAUUAUUAGCACGAUUUGUUUGCCUAAUGGAUUUAUUGAAUACGUGCCCUACUAUGCUAACGGCUGCUUGUACUGGAUGUUCCAUCGCAAGGGCUAUUCACUAAUGCUUGAUACAAGUGAGAUGAAAUUCUCCAUCAUUGACCUCCCGCCCCACAAUUUUGAGUCAAUACGUGCCAUUGUUGAGGAAGCGGAUGGCAGACUCGGGUUCUUAACUUUGGGUGACGUCACAAUUGACCUGUAUUGCAAGAAUUGGCAAAGCAAUGCUGUUGGCGCACAAGAGUGGCUGCAUAACAAGCUGAUUCCAUUGCCCAAAGAGUCUGGGAUCAACUAUAGUUGGGAUAUUGAGGGCACAGCAGGGAGUUACUUAGCUCUAGUAGCUUAUCACGAAAUCUGCGAUGAGUCUGCCGCCAAAAUCUGA